AUCAAAAAAAUACUUUUGAUACUUAAGUACAAAAAAUAUCACAUACUUUUUAAACUUACUCAAGUAAUAUUCUAAACAGUGACUUUAACUUCUACCAAAGUCAUUUUCUGGUAAGAUAUCUAUACUUUUACUCAAGUAUGGCUUUCAAGUACUUUAUCCACCACUGCUGUAAUUUAAUUACUUUUCUCUUGAAAAGUAAAGUAAGGGAUUACUCUUAAUUGUUCUGUAAUUUAACGGUUACUUCUGCUAAUAUUAAAUAGUGUGUACAAACAAUAGUGGAUUUAGCAUCAAAAUUUAAAAUCUAAUGUUAAAAUGUAUGUUUUCAAUGUAACCGUCUUUAAAUACUUUUGUCAGAUCAACAAUAACUUAUGCAAUUUUAUAUUAUUUAUUUGAAAGAAUUAAAAAAACAGUUUCAUGUCUAUCCUUGUAUUGUUCACAUGGUCGAUGUUGAUAUUGGAUUUAAAAAAGAAAUGAGUAAUAAGUAAUGCAAACAUUUUUAGAGAGAGUAAUUAGUACAGUAAUCUAAUUACACUGUUGAAGAUGUAAUUAGUAGCUAGUUACUUUUUAGAGGAAUGUACUGAUUAUAUAGCGCUUUAUACAAUACAGAUUGUUUCAAUGCAGCUUUACAGUGUUAAACAGGAAAAUAAUGAUCAGCGACUGAAACAGAGUUCAAUUCUGCUGUAAAGCAGCUCUAAAAAGACAAUAGUGUCAUUGUUCAGCUGAAGUCUGUUCAGUGUUGAUUCAGUUCAGUUCAAUAACUGUGUAAAGAUUAUCAAUUAUUAAAUGAGUUCAAUUCAGCUGCAGCUCUGUGGAAAACAGUGAUAUCAUCAUCCAGCUCCAUUCAGUUCUCAUCCAAUAGUGCCAGUGCAAUCAAAUCAAUAAUAUUGCUGAAUAUUAAGUGUCUCCAACUUAAGCCAGAGGUGACAGUGGCAAGAACCCAAACUCUAUCACAGAAAUGGAGAAAAAAUCUUGGGAGAAACCAGGACCAGUCAGGGGGAGCAGUUCUCCUCUGGCCAAACGAACCAACAUGGUGUGAUUAUGAUUGAGGCAGCAUUACAAGUCAGAUUGUGGAUUGAUAUCAUUCAGUGUCCACAGAAUAAUAUAGGGUUCAUAGAUAAUAGGAACGUUUUUGAGGCAGACCUGACUUGAUAAAAAGAGAUUGUCUCCAUCCUUCUUGUAGGUAGUGCCACUCUUCUCUCUAGUUACAAUUUAUUUAGUUGGUUAGCAGACACAAUGUGAUUUACAAAUUAAUAAAAACAUAAGCAAUUUUACUGAAAAAUUUACUGAUGAUAACCGAUGUAUCUUCUGGCUCAAUUUUGCUCAAUUUUGUUAAAGCCACACCAGUUCAUUUGUGUGUGUAUAAUAGUGUGUUGAGUGGGUGUGUCUCUUUUGUACUGUUGAUGUUUUAGAGUGUAACUCCUUCCUUGGUGUCGGUGUUUUUACUGCAUUGUGGCUGAAUUAUUGAUUUUAUUUCACGCAUUUUCAAAAACUUCCUUUGUGUUACAGUCUUACUAUAGUUCACUCAUGUGUGUGGGGGGUGGGGGGAUGGGAGAGUGUUUUUAUUUUGCACUCUUGAUAUUUUAGAGUGUCACCCCUUCAUUGCUGUGCACUUUUUAACAUCGUGGAUGAUUUGUAGAUUAUACAAAAAAAUCUCUGUAUUUUCGUAUUUUUGCUUAUUUCCUAAUCAUUUACAAUGGUGGUCAUUUUUGACCGCGAACAACACAAGUCUGAACAACUUUUUUUUUUUUUUUUAACGACCAUUUAGCUUUUUCGAAUCUACGAUUUUUUAUUUAAUUUAAUUUUAUUUAUUUAUUUGGUGGUCACAUAGCGACUGCCAUAAAAGUCAUUGAGUUUCAUACCAUUCCGAUGAAGUAGCGAUUUUUAAAUCUUUUUUUUUUUCGGUCUAAAAUGACCAAACAACACCAGAGGGUUAAUGUCAUAAUUUCUACGUAAGUCAUAAUUAGGAAUUAGUAUGCCAUAUUUUCGACUCUACGUCAUGAUUUACAAAAGCAUGAUUUAUUGUAUGUGGCGGAAAUGAGCUUCCAUUGAAAACCGACAUGUAGUAGUAUAGCCUAUUAUAGUACUAUAAUGUACUAUAGUAGUAUAAUACUAUGUACUACUACAUAAUUUGCCGUGCGCAGUGCGUGUUCUAGUACGCAGAAGCGGUAUGUAAGUUAAGUUGAGCUGCGUUCUGGAGCGCGCGCGUGCGCGCCCCUGUGUGUGUGGUAGAGGGAGGGGGAGUGGGUCAUUGGGUUCAUUCGCACUACAGCAGCGGCGCCCUCCAUAGAGAUCCGCUGUCUCUCUCACUCCAGCUGGCAGGAAUAUGUGUCAGAUGGAUGGUGAGGCGAAAAACAAGAGCUUUUAAAAUAUGGUGCAAACGGUACGUGCCUCCGCGCUUCGCUUGACCUUUCAUCAGGACAAAGGAAGUCGAUGAGCCGUUUUAAGCGGAGCCGCUGCUGCUGCCAUUUUCAGGUCAGUCGAGGAGACUCGCCGGAGCUCGAGUUGUCGAUAAGCGGAAUAAUACAGAGCGGAGAGAUGAUGAAGCGCCGUGAAUGAUUAUGGCCGAUAGUCACCGGAGGGGCACAGACAGAGGCAGAGGCAGGAUGACAUCAGGAUACUCGCAGCAGUACGCGAGCAGCAAAGCAUCAGACAUACAGGAGCUCGCAUCCAAGCGCGUGGACAUCCAGAAGAAGCGCUUCUACCUGGACGUGAAGCAGAGCACCCGCGGCCGCUUCCUGAAGAUCGCCGAGGUGUGGAUCGGCCGAGGCAGACACGACAACAUCCGCAAGAGCAAACUCACCCUGUCCAUGUCCAUGGCGCCCGACUUGCGCUACUGCCUGGGCGACUUCAUCGAUUACUACGCGCACAUAGGGCUCCGAGGAUGCCAGGCGCCGGACCGCCGACCAGAGGAGCAGAGCAACGGCCAGGGCCGCGCGCUGGAACCCCGCCGGAGAGCAGCGGACCAAGCGGCGUCUCCCAUCGGCUCCGCCGCAUCAGAGGAGCAGACGCACCGGGUGCUGAAGAGCGAGUUCAUCGAGCGGGACAACAGAAAGUACUACCUGGACCUAAAGGAGAACCAGCGCGGCCGGUUUCUGCGCAUCAGGCAGACCGUCACCCGAGGACACGGCGGCAUGGGUUACUACGGGCAGGGCAUCGAGCAGACCAUCGUGCUGCCCGCGCAAGGGCUCAUCGAGUUCCGAGACGCGCUGUCUCAGCUCAUCGACGACUACGGGGACGACGAACCCGAGCGGGCCUGCGCGCGGAACCACGACGAGUCGCCCGAACUGCCCGAGGCGGCGUCGUUCCGCGUCGAUAACAAGCGCUUUUACUUCGACGUGGGCUCGAACAGGUUUGGCGUGUUUCUGAAGAUCAGCGAGGUCCGGCAGCCCUACAGGAACACCAUCACCGUCCCGCUGAAAGCCUGGGCGCGCUUCGGGGAGAACUUCAUAAGGUACGAGGAGGAGAUGCGACACAUCUUCAGCUGUCAUAAAGAGAAGAGGACAGACACGGAGGAGCACGAGGAUUGACGCAGACUACUGUUUCUGAUCUUUCUCUUGUUAGUUGUACCUCUAGCGGACGGUCCGGCCCCUUCUGUUCAUGGCCAUUAUUGCAGUUGAUAUGAAUCUAGGCAGAAUCCAAACGGCUCGUCCCUGUGCAGAGAGGCUCUGCUGGGGUUGCAGUGUGUGUGUGGGACCGGACAGGUGCAGUAUUUCAGUGAGUGUGUGUGUGUGUGUGUGUGUGUGAGAGAGAGAGAGAGAGAGUGUGAUAGCAUUAGGACUUGGUCUCUUGCAUCCAAUGCUUCUUCCUGGGCUUUACAUGUAUGAGGCUGCUGUGCAAUUUCUCAGAGCUGGGAAUCAAAUAAUCAAGAUCUUAUCAAGCACUUAUGUCAGAGAUACACUGCACACGUUCGUCCUGAACGAUCGAGUGCUGGAGUAUUUUGAUGGUCCAAAGUGAGGGUUUUUCCCCCCUUUUGAAGCUUGAAGUCUGACUUCAUCUCAAUGAUCAAAAGAAUGGCUACACUUUGCCAUUGCACAAACACAUUACUUUCCCCAUCUGAAAUCAGACACCAAAAAGUGCAUUUAAUAUUUACAUUAUUUGGAUGAAUUAUUUACACACUAGCCUAAUGAAAAAUAUCCAAUUUAAUGAGGUGCUUGAACUAUAGAGCUUCAAAUAUGACAUUGUGUGGCUUUAGCAUAAAUGAUGAAGGCACACACCAAGAUUAGGUUUAUUUAAAAGCGUUUAAACAUGGCUUUAAAUAAUGGAUUUUUUCCAUCUCUCUGACAAGACAAAUGCUGAAUCACUCUUGAUAGGUGUGCAAUAUUAUUUUCAUCAGUCCCUGUCAGUGGGAUUAAACGAGAACUGUGCAAAAGCAAAGCGAACAUAAAUGGGCUGUUUAAAUAUGUUUGUUUUAAAUAGCAGAAUGUAAUAUAGCUAGGUUUGGAUGGUUAUGUGAGGUGUUGCAUUAUGGAUUUACACAGAUCUAAAAAAAAAAAAAAAAAAAAAAAGGUUAAAUGCGUUUGACAUGAUGUCAUUCUGUUCAAAACAAGCUGUAUUUAAAACAACAUAUUAUCAUACAUAUUUUCUACUGCAUAACUAAUAACUAAUAAUCAUUCCUUUUUUAAAUGGCGUAGGAUAAAAUAAACAAAUUACAAGCAAAUAGCUGCAUCCCCAGAUGUCUUUCAUGCCCAAUUUAUUGGAUUGUCGGAAAUGAUUUUGGCAUACAGUUUUAAAAUCUACACUGAAAUUGGGCAUACUAUGCACAGUAUGUAUUCUGCAUACUGAAUUUCUAUUGAAUAUAAUACAAGCAGUAGUGUACUAUUAUGAAAAACACAAAAAGCAUAUUUUAACUAUAGUUGCCUUUACCAAACCUUUUUUCUGGGCUUGUAGCAUUUAGAGGCAUGACAUUCGUGCAUCUAGGCAGUUGUUUUCUCGUUGAAGCACAACUAAAGGAAUAUUUGCGUUGGUUUUAAGAGUUGGCUUCUUGGGUUUAUUUGUACUGUAAUUACUGUCCAGCUGACAGGAAAAGCAAUUCGUUUCGGCACUUCUAUUGAUACGUUUUGAGUUCUCAGCUAUCAACAGAUGUUACCUAAUACCUUUUCUUCUCUGUUCGUAAGUGUGUGUGUGUGUGUGUGUGUGUGUGUGAGAAUAUUUAUCUUGUAUCAGAAUAUGACUGAAUUAUGGGUACGUUCUUUGGGUUAGUGUUAAAGGGUUAGUCACCCAAAAAUGAAAAUUCUGUCAUUAAUUACUCACCCUCAUGUCGUUCCACACCCGUAAGACUUUCAUUCAUCUUGGCAACGCAAAUCAAGAUGUUUUUGAUGAAAUCCGAGAGCUUUCUGACUCCUCAAUAGACACCAAUUUAACCACCACUUUCAAGUUUCAGAAAGGUACUAAAGACAUUGUUAAAAUAGUCGACGUGUCGUUCUCCUAUACGCUGUUUACGUUCAGCGCUUCCAGGUUCUACGUCAGAAUGCCGGCUCAGUAUUGGCAGACGUUGUUCAUGUGAGCAGCACGACGCAUGCGUGUGCUGCUGAUGCAGGAGCUAGCCAAUAAUGAGUCGGCGUUCUGAUGUAGAACCUGGAAGCGCUGAACGUAAACAGCGUAUGAGAAUGACACAGAAGAGAGGAUAUUGUUGAACAAAGUCGUUAUUUUUGUUUCAUUUUUGUGCACAAAAAGUAUUCUCGUCGUUUUAUAAAAUGAAGUUUGAACCACUGCAGUCACUAUUUUAACGAUGUCUUUCGUACUUUUUUGGACCUUGAAAUUGGUGGUUAAAUUGCUGUCUAUGGAGGAGUCAGAAAGCUCUCGGAUUUCAACAAAAAUAUCUUAAUUUGUGUUCCAAAGAUGAACGAAGGUCUUACGGGUGUGGAAUGACAUGAGGGUGAGUAAUUAAUGACAGAAUUUUCAUUUUUGGGUGAACUAACCCUUUAAGAUGCUGAUCUAUAACAGACACCUCCUACAGGAAGCACUUUAUUUAAACAGCACUUUGAGCUGCUUCACCACUGCAAAGAGGACCUUCGUUUAUGCCCCAUGUGAGAAGAGUGACAAUCGUGCUCCCAAAUGAACACCUCAGCCUUUCAGAAGUGCAUUCAUCUGUUUGCUCUUUGCACUUCUUGGUUUAUUUCGAUCACAUUUGGUUGCGAUGUGUCUAAUUAGCGUAUCACUGACACCAAGUAUUCAGUCUGUGAUUAUAUUGUUCUCAUUGUUGGUUCGUUUCCUAUGACUGUCUGCACACAGAUUUCUUACAAUAAGGGCUGCUAUAGGAGGCAGAAUAUACUAGUGUGGGUCAUAAUGCCUAGUAUUCAGAUUACCUGUAUUUAGAAGGUAGGAAUGAUGAGGCAGUUGUUAUCUCCCCCUUUUUCUCUUCCAAGGGCAUCAAAAUAUUCAUAAAGUAACCCUUGAAUGGCAGCGGCAAGUUAUUUUUCUUUUACCUAUGAAGCAGUAUAAAAGCUGGCGUGAAAUGGAUGAACCGUGUGCACUUUAAAAAUCUGAGUACAGGUUUGUUCCCAACAAAGAAAAUGAGUAGAAGUAUGCUUGUUAUACGUGUAUGUGCAAUGCAUGACCAGAAGAGAGCAGUGUUCGUAUGAUGUUUUUCUUGCUUUAUGUAUAGGUGGUAUAUAAUUAUUGCUAGUGUACACAGUUUUAUCACCCAGAUAAAAUGGCUGAUUUCAUUUUAAAAAGCAAUUAUUGGGAAGACUGCUGUCUAUUUUUCUGUAGUGUUAGAAGAAACAGCUAUGUCAAUUUAUAAGGCCAUCUCAAAAUGCUAUUGUAUUGCAGCUAUAUCCAAGUUACUCUAAACACUUGAAUUCAUGAAAUUGGACUGUUAUGCAUAACAUGUACUGAAGUCAACCCGUAGGCCUUAAAAUCAUUACACUGUGGUUGUAAUGAUUGAAUUUAGGGUUACAAAUUGUUGCUCCAACGUAGUUUGCCUUCAUCUCUAAAACGUAACAUUUUGUACGCAUGAUCUAAGAAAACAAAAGAAACGGGGAAAAAAGUAUUUCGAAUGCGAUAACAUGAUCUCGCAAAUAAAAUGAACAAUAACACAGAGUCAAAAAGUAAAAUAUUUUAGUUCUGGAAAUAUCAGAGCAGAGAUGCAUAAACUUCUGUAUUUGUUCUUGGUAGUUGUGUGGGUAAUGUAAUGUUCUAAAAAAAGAAAACAGAGUGGUUGUUCACAAGCUUUCUUGAGUUGUUCCUUUUUUAUCUUUGUGUUGACCAUUUGCAGUUGGAAUUAAGACGUGUCAGUGUUUGAUAAAUGAUUUUAAAAGAUGGCGAAAUUUUUAAAAGAUGUUUUUGUGUACCUUUAGAUAAUGUAAUGUAGUGUGUCCUCCUGUAGAGCCUUUUAAUAUUAUACGACUCAAAAACAAGAAAGAAAUGGUUCUGUCUAGUAGCACUUUCUUUAAUGUGAGUACUGUAUUAGUUUCUGUUUAACAUGUAUGGUACAGUAUGAAUAUUCCUGAUUUGCCUUGUAAUGUAAGGUUGAAAUAUGUAGGAUUCAUAUAUGGAGAACUAUGAAGUUUAAAAUUGACGUUUGUGCAUGCCAACAGUAGGGUCCUGACAAACUUCACACACACACAUAUAUAUAUAUGAAAAAAUGGUGCUAUAUGAGAACUUAUAAAGGUGCUGUUCUGGACCCUAGCUGCAUGCAUGCUGAAUGACAAUGGAAACAGUAGAGCAAACCCGAGACCAGACGCCGUCAUCAAUCUCAUGAUGCCCGUUCUCAACGCAAGCAGUUUUGCGUAACUGUAAAUCAUGCAUACGUCCAGGCGCUCAACUGUGUGACCGUAAGCCUGCGUUCCAGUCGUGUGUUGGUGGCUCCCUGCCUGCACACAAGUCUGCUGUUGUUUUUCAGUUAUAGUUGACAUAGGAAAGGUGUGUUUACUCCUGUUUAAGCUGCAAAAAUAUGUCAGACAUGCAACCAGGGAGCAGCCAACCUAGCAUGACUGAUACUCCUAUGUUAUGGUGAAUAACAGUGCAUUAUAAAUACGUGGGUGUGAUAACUGGAAUCGGUUGAGCUCUAGGCGUCUUCUGGUGGAUAUCCACACCAAAGUACAUGCUGAAAUGUGUGAUGCUUAUUUACAGUUGCCCAAUAUUUGUGUGUAAAAGUUCCACAGACAAUCUAAUAAAGUACAACUUUUUUAUGUUUAAAAUGUGUCCUUUGAUCAACUCUUUAGAUAUCAUUGGCUAACAGUAUGAUAUUUUAUUGACUGUUGUAAGCAUAUGCUGGCAAAACGGGGAUAUUAUCUUUUUUCCCAUUAAAGUGACUUCAUAACCUUUUUUUUGUAGUCGUUUGUACAUAAGUGUUUUGGUGUAACAUACUUUUGGUAUAUAAGCGCAAAGUUUUUUUUUUUUUAAAUUAGUGUCUCUGAACAGUCACAAGGACAAAUGUGUAGAAACCGUAAAGGAUACAGAUCAUCUGACUGUCUUGAUCUAUUUCGCAUUGUUUUUCUAGUGUGUUCCGCAUAUACUGAAUCUUAACUCUAGUGCUCUUCCAAUCGUGUCAGGAAGAAAUAUCCCUCUGACUCAGGGUCAUUUGAGCUUAAGCGCUGAGCCAUGGUUUCUGAUAGCUGCCUGAUAGCGCUGGCCUUUUCUUUCAGAAAUACUGGUUAUUUAGUCACAUAAUUGCAGCAAGGAAUUGUUUUCAUCUGCAUUCAUAGGAUGUGUAAGUAUUUUAAGAACUUUGUUAGAGAUUCAAAUCAUUCUCAAGAAGAAGAAAAACCCACAAAAAAGGAAGCACAGAAAACGGCAGCUUCAAAUGCGGGUGUGAUGAUGGGCGUAAACGUUGUAAAUAGAGGCUUCUCUUUCUGAGAAUGAUGGUCAGUUGGUGCACAGCUUCAAGUAAAAAAAAGCAUUUCCUCUAUUGCAUAAAUGAUCUAAAGUGCAUCUGAGAAAUGCACAUAUGUUGGAAAUACAAAAACUACAAAAAAAGAUGAAACAACCAUUAUAUUCAGAUUCAAGUGUCAUCUAGAAUCUUUAUACAUUGUAAAAACAAGGCACAAGAAUAUAUUGGCUAGUCUUUUUUUAAUGGCCACUGUUUUCCUUUAUGAAGCCCUGCAUGUGGCGACCCUUAAACCAUAUAUCGAGGAGAUUCUCAAAUAGUAUAAUACUAAAAUUCGAAAGUAUUCUCAAAGUAAAAUGAACCAAAUGUUCUCAUCGCUUGUGUAUGUGGGUGAUAUUUUCUCGAGGCUCACUGGUGGUUGGACUAAAGAAGAACCCGUGGUGUUAGAGCUAACAGUACUAGGUAAUUUCCUGUGCAUUUGCUGUUCAGCGUUUGAGGUCAAGCGAUUUCCUUUUUGGUAUGUCUCACUUGAUGUUCCUCAAACUGAAGUGACAAACUUCGCACAGUUCCUUGCUAAGACAUCUUCGAUCAUGUCAUACAUGUUCAACUGCCAUUUUACAUGAUGGGUGAGUAUCAGUUGUAAACAACAAUGGAGAGAAGACAGCGUGAGGAGACAGUAGAGGGCUCCAGAUCGCAACAGUCAACAUUAACAGGAAUCCUGGCACUGAAGAACUUCACUAUACCCAGGAAGAAACGGACCUCUGGAGAAGUCCUACUGGAACAUUGUUCAGAAGACAGCCGCGAUUACAGUCUCAUUCAGACAAAACUGAGAGAUUCCAACCUAGACACAAGAAAGGACCGAGCAAACGCAUGGAUCUGGAGAGAUGUUUGUUUAGUGCACAAUGAAGAACUCCUUAAAAAGUUCUCUGAAAAAAGGGCAGAGAUGCGUGCUAAAGGAAGACACGGGAGAGAAAUGGAGGAAAGUUUCUGUUUUUUAGUUGCAUCAGAUCAAAUGACGGCCCAGAUUUAUCAGCAUGGUCUGCGGGUUGGCAACACAGUCCAGCAUGCCUUGGGAAAGCCAUCACAUGGUGUAUAUCUGUUUAGGCAUGUCGAUGUGGCAUUAAAGUCAACUACCAGCAUAUUAAGUGCAAACAAAAUGCUAAUUUUCAAGGUUCUUUAUGGAAAGGUGAAAAAAAUUGCUCCAAGCUUGGACUGGAACAAGACGCAGGAUCCCACAGUGAGCUUUGACUGUCACAUGUGUAAAGAUGCAGUGUCCCAUCGAGACACUCUUCAUCAGCAAGUACUGGGCUCUGCUGUUUUUCUAUUUGACUUUAAUGAAAAUCACGAGCUCAGUGAAAGACCCAGGCAGUGUUUGCCGUAUGCUGUAGCUUCAUUCGUUCCUGCCAGCAGUGCCCUUCUGACUAUACCUACAAACUUACCACUCUCUCCUUCAGCGCUACCUAUUGGCCAAGUGCAGGAUCGUUUUAAGGCCUGUACUGUGGCAGAGAGAAGAAGAAAAGGAAACACAGCCACCAUUACAUUCAAACAUUUUGGCACACCGGGCUGCUUAGAGACGGAUUAUACCCCUCAGAAUCCAGGAGUAGAAGCUCCAUUUCAAAAGACUGAUAUGCAAAACACUCGGUCACUCGAGCCAAAACAGCACUGGACUCUUGCCAGUGAGGACUCUGUAUCUUCCAGCAGUUCAGUACCAGUUAUGGAUCACACUGCUCUCUCCCAAAGCUUGCUGGGAAAGAAAGCAUUCACACAUCGAAGAAAUGACAGUAAAUGGGACAAAACACCUCAAAGUCCAUUGGACAAAAUUUCCACCUUAGUGUAUUCUUCACGCUUUGUUAGGGAUCCACGUCUGUCUAGACAAGAAGCAAACCAACAGACCAACUGCUCAGAGGCCGAGGCAGUGUACACUGGCUCAGCAUGUGAUAAUAAAACAAUCCAACUAGCCUAUCAAAACCAACAGGACAAUUAUGGGUUUGCUGGAAAUAAGUGUGAUUCAAAAGAGCCAUCAAACAUGGACAAGAAGGAAGCUCAAAGAGAUAAGGGUGCUUGUUCCCUAAAAUCCUCAAUGAAUGAUGAAUGUGUGCCUAGCCCAGCAUUGCCCUCAAUGAAGUUAUUCAAAAUGAAGUUCCAGAAAUAUGCUGGCUACUUUAGAAUGAAUGAGGAAGAGAGACAACAAAAAAUCUGGUCACAAGAAAACUUGUCACUAGAACAAAAGCAAGAUUUAGCUAACCGUAUACUUUUCUAUGAGGUUUUUUAUGAGAAGUAUAAAAAGGGAUUGCUCUUUCAAAAAAUCUAUGAGACAAAGGAGACCUCCAGUCUGUCUCAAAGAGAGCCCAAAGAAAAUCAUGUUUUACAGACAAAAGACAACCCAUACAAACAGAAUCCAUCUAGUUUGUGCCAAGCACAACGGCAUGAUGCUGCAAGUUUGUCAGAUAACAAUGAUUUUGUUAACAGGGAUAAAUGGAGCAUAACACAUAUUCAUGAGAACAAACAUCCAGAUCAUCCAGAACCCAGUGCAGUAAUGUUGACAGAAAAGGUACAGGAUCACCUACAGGAGGAUGUGGGUCUGAUUCAGUCUUCAGAUAAACUUUCAGAGCAAUCAUUGGUGCUGGGUUCAUUGAAUCUUAACCUCACAGAUGAAAAAGCUGAUACACGAAGUGUUCAGUUUGAUCUCAAGCACCCGAGUCCUUCAACUUGUCCCUCUAAUGAAGCUAAGCUUAAUCACAGCACAGAAUGUGAGUGUGAGCUCUCCAGAAGUGCAGGAGAGGACAUGCAGGAGAAUGAAUCUACUCUAGGUGUUAACUUGGUUGAAAGGCCCAGCACUGAAUCGUCCCUUAUGUAUGCAAACAACAUAAUCGUCAUGGAUAUUGCAAGCUGUGUCGAAGUCUCUAGCUGCGGGACAUCAGACAACUGUAAUCUCAGCCCUGCCAUGGCAGAAACGCAAAAGCAGAAUGGGCAAAGUUGCAGCAGUGUUCAAGGGAUGGAUUCCUUUAGACAGGUAAAAUACUGUGAAAUACCUCCAGAGCCUGAAAUGGAAACAGUACAGCUGGACUACAGCCCUCACAGGGAAUUGUACAAAAGACUUCAACUUGAUCAACUAUUGCCAAGCAAAAAUCAAAAGCAUGUUUUAUCCUUAAGGGCUUACCUUACACCCAGAGUUAUGGGCAGACCCACAGACACCAUUUCCAAGCCAAAAAAUGAAAGCAAAGAUCACAACCAAGCCAAAACAUACCUACACACGAGAAUCUCAGAAGAUCUCCAUCUCAGAGUUACUCUAAAAGCCAACAAAACGUCUGCCCAUAUAAGAGAAAUGCUUUCUCUUUCUGAACGAUUUUCAACAAUCAAAGGCCUUCAAAAGAAAUUGAGAGGAAGAAACAACAAAGUGAUUCAAACCCCAGGGACCCAAAUGUGCAGCAGUGAAGGACACAAAGAAACUGCAACCAGUAAUGCCGAACUAAUACAGCUACUAGCUCGGAGGUUCACUAAAUCUAAAAUAUAUGUGAAAAGCAAGAGCUUGAGCAGACCAGGCAGUAAGAAGGCAUGUCUCAAAAAACAGCACACAGUUCUAUCACUAGGUCACUCUCUAAAGAGAAGCAAAUAUGUCAAGAAGACACGUUUUUGGAAAGCAAAGAAGAAUCUUAGCAGAAAAAUUGUGUCAGCUAAGAGUGCCCAUGAAACAGUAAACAGCACGGCAACAUCAGACUCUACAAACAUUCCGUCACAUACAUCUGAAAAAGAUCAAGACCCAGACUCUAUUUUAAGAGUAAUUUCUCAAACAUCUGAUGCUGAGGAUGACAGACAGUGGCUACACAUUGAGAGUUGUCAGGAAGCUAAUGCUUUUAAAGGUAUACUCCAAGAUCAGUGUUGUCCAACCAUGUCUGUUAUCAGCAAAGAUCUGACACCAUCCAUAGGUUUCAACACUAUUCCUGAGACCAAAGAGGAACCAAUAAAUCAUACAGAAGCAUGUUCAGAAGAUCUCUGUAAAAGUAACUCAGCCUACACUCAGAAGGCAUCAAAAGAUUUAACUUCACACCUAAUUUCAGUAAUGGUGGAUGAAGAAGUGAAGACAACUAAAAACAUUCCAAAUCAAAAGGAAACAUCCUUGAUGACAAGCACUAGCAAAGAUUAUGGGAGUAUUACAGAGCGCAAGGAGGAGAACAUGUUGCUGAAAGUGACAUCAGACACUAGAUUGAAUCCAUUAAGCAACGAGCAUUUCACUAUGAAAAUAUCAGUAGAUGACAAUGUAGAUGCUUCUAAGAGCUUGAGUAUACAUGAUUAUAAGGCAUCAAAAACACACAGUGAUGUGACCGUAAGCAACACAAACAACAGUCAUACCACUAAAUUCACAGAAACCAAAGUGAUGGAUACUAUCAAUAAUACAGCUGAGACAGACACUAUCAAAUGUGAGCAAAAUGCAAGCGUGAAAAGUUCUCUAAAUGUACAAGCAAGAGAACGCAUGCCAGCAAAUAUCCCAAAUAUGAAUCACCCAUGUGUCAAAAUUUUUACCAACACAUCUAAUGGCAGCAGUGUGUGGAGUACUGAUACAAAGGUGUUGGAAGAGGCAACAUCAGAUUCAAAGUGUGGUCUAGAGGCUUUGAAAUGUGCAUCAAAUAAUGUUGUAGAUCUUACUGUUGAUGAUCCAGCUUUGAGUGGCCAAUGUGAGAUUUCUUCAGAGCACGUAAAGAGCAGCAACACCAAUUUGCUUGGUUCUACCAAAUCAUCAAGUACUUACAUAAUCAAAGACAAAUGUGAUUUAUCAAGGCCAGAGCAAAACAAAAAAGAUGAUGCGAACUCACCAGAAACCCAGCUUAUUUCUAAACUAAGAGAUUAUUUGACCAAAUUUGAGUCCACUGUCAAGAAACAAGAAACAGUAAAUGAAGAUCUGAAAGAAAGACCAGUGGUGUGGAUAACACUUGACAGCACGGCACAUAAACAGCAGUUGUUUGAAAAAGGCCAGUACUGUAUGGUGAAUCUUCCCUGCCUGUUGCCUCCUGGGAGUGACGCAGUUACAAAAGACAAUUCCAGUGAAUGCACCAAAACCUCUGUUCAAACCAGGAAGGUUCCUCAAAGUGAACAUGCUCAAACUGGAACUGAUGUUUGCCUGCUAGUACCUGUUGAAUCUAAGAGAGGCAGACGAUCUUCUCAAACCAAACGCACCAGAAGAUCAAGAAGGAGCAAAGUCACUAGUGUUAGUCCUGACAGUACCAGUGCAUUAGACACCGUCAAAGAUAAUACGAGUCCUCAUCCCUUGGUCCAGGUGAACGACCUGAAUAUUGGUUCCCCAGAAAUCUCCAUUAAUAACACCUGCAAUGCCCAGUUACAGAUGCAAAGAAAUAACACAACUGGCCAGCAAAAUGCCUCAGCAAAUUUGGAUAGUUUAUGUGAACGAAAGAGUCAAGAGAAUCAGUCUUCGAACGCGAUCAUAGAAAUCAUUGAUGAUGGCAAUGUGAGCAGUACAUUCGCUGGCAAUGAGUACAGCAUCAGUGACAUUUCAAACAUGCUUAAAAUGGCUGAUGAAACAACCUUGUUAACCGAACUUGGAUCUUUGCAGUCUAAAUGCAAAAACAUGUUGCAGCAUUUUGUCUCUAGUUUUGAACGAGAUCAGAAAGAGCCAUUCAACCAGUCUUUCGUUUCAAGGUGUCUCAUCUUAGAACAAUAUUUGGAACAUCCACCUGCACAAGUAGACCUGAAGUAUGAAGCUGUGAAUUCUUACUUGGAGUUGCAGAUGAUGAUGGAAGCUUGGCAGUUUGUAGAAAACAAAAUGAACUUCAUGAGAGGUAAACCUACUUUUAGGAGUUUGCUUUGGUAUGAUCCUUCUCUUUACGGAGAACUCUACAAGGGGGAGGUUGGCUUUCAGCAGCAGUCGUCGUUGUUUGCUUCUUUUCAAAAGAUCUUGGCACAAGAGGGCUACAGCAAACUGCAGGAAUACUACAGUGCAGUGUCCUCCUUGCACCAACAGCUCCAUGCGGCCCCUGAUGCAUCUUACUACAUGUAUCUGAAGAGCAAGCGUGAACUCCUCGAGGCUGAGGCUGCUCUCAGAAAUCCCCACGAUAUUAAAAGCUUCUUUUUAUCUGUACCAAUUACUGCGAUGAUCAAUUUUGGAGACAAUUUGGAAAGACUGGAAAAGGUCCACAAAGUUAUAAUGACUUUUGUGGAAACACCAUCAGAUCAGUUGCCAGGGACAUUUGAUGUUGGAAAAGCAGAGCAUCUGUCCAUAGCAUGCAGAUACCUCCAAGAAAAAGCACUUUUCUUGAAAUCAUGCAAAGAAGUGAUUUGCAAAAUAUCAUGGUUUGGAAUCGAGCACCUUCUAUAUGAUGCCUCUAAGGUUCUUGUGUGGAAAGACAUGGGUCAUGGUGCACCAAGUGAGGUUCUCAAGACAUAUAAGAAUUCAAACCCGCAGAUUAUUUUUGGGGUGACAGAGUCAGGUGUUGCUCUCGUAAACAAAGUGGAACAGCCUCCUCCGUCCAUGGAUGGAGCAGAGACCAAACAAAAGAGUAAUGCUGCACGGAAACGCAAAAGUUUACAGUUGUGGAUGUCCUCUCAACCCCGUGUUGCACAGAGUAUAAAGGCUGACAAGGAGGUGGCUUACAACAUGGCUAAAAGGAGGGCAACUCAUCCACCUGUAACACAAUAUAACAUGAAUAAUAAAGGUGUGAACCCCCCUUUCCAAACAACUCCUGCAAGCCAUGUUGAGAUCCCAAGGCCAUACUGCGCUCUUCCUCACAGAGUGGAUCCGGGCCAUUGGGGAAUGGUUGGAAGCACCGCUGCAGACUGGAACGUGUCUUCACCUUCCACGUCUCAUGCACACCCUGAAAUAAAUUCGAAUCUUCUGUCUAAAAGACGAGUGACUUUAUCACACUCUGAUGAGAGGAGAUCUUUAGCAGACGUACAAAGACCUCAAUGGCCUUCAGUCUCGGCUCCCCAAGCAACUUUACGAGGAGAUUCUUGUGCUACACAUCCAGCGUUUGAUAGUGUUAAAUAUCGACAAACUAACACUGCAGCACAUCGUCCUGUGCUCUCACAAGAACAAGUAAACCAGUUCAGUUUAGCCAUGACACAACCUUAUAAUUUACCAAAUUGUCCUUUGAAUGCAAAUUUGGUACAUCCUCCUCUCUCAGUUCAGGCUUUGACACAUGUCCCUAUGCCCAGCACGAUUACAGCUAUUCAUUACCCCUAUUUCCUUCUGAAUGGACAAACAUACACCACAGGCUCCACUUCAGCCAUUCACCCUGAUACUAGAUAUUAUCCCAACACCAUGGGCUAAUGAACUACAAGCUACGAGUGAAUCACAUAGAUAGCUAAUGUAUUUUUGUCUAUGACAAUUUUAUUUACGGGGAAAUAACAUCAAAGAACUGGUUUUACAUCUUAUAACUAAAAUCACUGAUACAUACAUAUGCACUUGGUACUUUUAAGCAAAUGUACUUUAAUGUGACUUUAAUGUAUAUAUUAUAUAACAUACAUUUUCAGGUAAAACCAUCCAUUUCUGUAUAUAACAGUGUUUUGUACAGAGUUCAGUUACUUUAUUGUGGUAUUUAUUGCAAUUCAACAUUUAUGUGAAUAAAGAAAUGAUUUGAUAAUUCUACAAA